UUACUGAAAAAAAAUUAAUGGUUAUAUAUUCUUAUAUAAAAGAAUUAGAUUUGUGGGUAAAAAAAAUUAGAAAUUUUUAUGUUUUCUAAAGUCCACACAAAAACAUUUACAAAAUAUCUCCAUGAUAAAAACAUCCGAUCAUUUUAUUGGUACUACACAAAAAAACUUUUUUUUUUAUUUUUUGAAAGCUAGAGUAUUUCCAGUUUUUUCACGUGAUAGAAUAAAAUAUAAAGUAAUUCUACAACCAAUUAUCUGAAUUAAUUAAAAUAUUGCUUUUCUGUAAGAAAAAUAUUUGUAACGACUAAAGUUUACGUUGUUGAACUAUUUUAAAUCUCACUGAUCUUCUAAAAAUAUAUACUGAAAUUUUUAAUUAUCCAUCUAUUUAAAAUAAAAAAUUAAAAUUUUAAAAUUUUAAAAUUUUAAUUAUUAUUCAAAAAUUAUAACAAUGUAAACAUAAUAUAUAUUUUUUUAUAUAAUAUAAUUACUCGCAAAAUUGCGGGCAAACUCUAGUAGAGUUUAACAAGAGAAAACGUAACCACUAAGAAGAGGUAAUUAAAAAAAAGAGUUGUAAAAUUUGUAAUUGUAAUGGAAAGUCUAAUAAAAAUUUAGUAGAAUAUGAUUAGGAAUGUGAGGGGGACACAGGCAGGGCAGCCGCCUCUAUAUAUAUAGUCUUGACUGUGAAGUCUAGUCAAUAAAUCAGGCGAGGGUUGCAUAUUUUAGGGUUUUCUUUCCACGCAACACAAAUCGUAUCGCCGACGUCUUUUCACUUUUUUCUUUUCAGACUCGUCUCUCUCUCUUGACAGAGUGUAUUGGUUAUAGGAAAAUAAGAAAGAAAUCGUUGAGAAAGAAAUGGGUAGUAACGUGAAGAAAGCAAGGGUCUCGUGGCCAUCAGAUAGUAUGCUUUUUCAGGUAAAGAUGUUUAAAACAGAAGAUUAUCCGGCUAAAGCUGGAGCACAAACAUGUAGCAAAUCUAAGGCAUCAAAGGAUCUCCACCGUGGAACUGUGUAUUCAACGAGGCCUCCUAACGUUCCUCUCAUCAAAUGGAAACUCCCACCAAAAUUUAUUCUCAAUGACCACAUGCUUGUUGCAAGUGGUGAAGAGAGCACAGAAACGGGUUCUGAAAAUUUGAGGAUUGCAAAAGUCUUGGAAGCUUUCUAUCCACACCGCUCUCUCAUCCCUUCUCGUCCUUUCAUCUCACCAUCUGUACAAGUUGACGACUCCAACACUCCUAUCAUCCGUGUCACUCCCAUUGAGGACGACGACGACCAACCUGCUCUUCGAUCCUCCAUCGCUCCUCCAUCUGUUUUUGGACUUGGACCUGACUUGAGCCAGACUGCUCUGUCUACCUUGUUGAAUACCAAGGAAGAGGGGAGUAUGGUCGAUGCUGGUUUACUUGUCAAGUUCCUCACUGACCCCACUAUCAUCAACAACCUCUUGAAUGCUGCUGCUAAACCACUUGAAACUGGGAAUAACAACAACAACACCAAACCACUUCCUCGACUUGUCAACUCACCUCCUGGAAACGGUGUUACCCCUGUUUUGGCGGCAGCCCAGUCCAUUGUUUCUCAUGUACCUACUCAGACGAUGGCUCCCCUUGUUUUGAACACUUAUCCUUCGUCUUGUGCGGUGGUCAACCCAUUGCCAAGAGUUGAAAAAUCCUUGGAAACAAGCUCAGUUGUAGUCUCAGAACCCCAAUGUCAAUACCGAAAUGGAACAGAUGCUCCAAGUGCUUACCCGAUGAACAUAACACGUGAUGACUAUUUCAAAAACCUUAUCAGGGAACACGGGGGUGUUGUUGCUCCGGCGACUAACAAUUACAAAAGACGAGUUGAUAAUAAUAAUAAUAAUAACAAUGACAAGACGAAAGCACUAGUAAUAAAGGUAAAGUCCCAGAAAGCAUGCAUGUUUUUCGGAAGAGGAAGAGGGUGUAAGCUUGGGGAGAGUUGCUUAUACCUUCACGACCCCUCCAAAAGGUUGUGGACUGAUGAUGUUGCUGCUGCACCCGCACCCAGAGCUAAGAGACACAAGUUUGGAACGUGACCAAGUAGGUACU